CUCUGUUUACCUGGUAGAGUUUCAGGAUGACAAGAAUGGCACCGUCUCCCCUUACCGAGCAGCCUGCAUAUAACAGCCAAGUCGGCGCUGUCUCUUGGCCAUUCACCGGCUGCGCUGGCCAUGGAGCUCGGCGGAGCCGUGACCAUAUUCCUGGCUAUCUGCCUCUCCUGUCUGGUUCUCCUUUCGGCCUGGAAGAAAAUGCACCAGGGGGGGAAGCUGCCCCCGGGGCCGACCCCUCUGCCCUUCCUCGGCAACUUGCUGCAGCUGAAGACCAACGAGACCUUCAAGUCGUUCAUGGCGCUGCGGGACAAGUACGGCCCGGUGUUCACGGUGCACCUGGGCCCGCGGCGGGUGGUGGUGCUGUGCGGGCACGAGGCGGUGAAGGAGGCCCUGGUGGAUCAGGCCGAGGAGUUCAGCGGCAGAGGGGCGCUGGCGUCCAUCGACCGGAAUUUCAAUGGUUUCGGGGUGGCUUUGGCCAAUGGGGAGCGGUGGCGGCAGCUGCGCCGGUUCUCCCUCACCAUCCUCAGGAACUUCGGCAUGGGGAAGCGGUCCAUCGAGGAGCGGAUCCAGGAGGAGGCCCAGUUCCUGCUGGAGGAGUUCCGGAAAACCAGAGGUUUGCCCUUUGACCCGAUCUUCUUCCUGAGCCGCACGGUCUCCAACGUCAUCAGCGCCGUCGUCUUCGGGAGCCGCUUCGACUACGAGGACGAGACGUUUCUGUCCCUGCUGCGCAUGGUCAACGAAAGCUUCGUAGAGAUGAGCACGCCCUGGGCCCAGCUCUACGACAUGUUCUCCUGCGUCAUGCAGUACCUGCCUGGGCGCCACCACCGCAUCUACCACCUCAUCGAGGACCUCAAGGCCUUCGUCGCCCAGCAGGUGACGAUCAACCAGGCCUCACUCGAGCCCAGCGCCCCGCGGGACUUCAUCGACUGCUUCCUCAUCCAGAUGGAAAAGGAAAAGCAAAACCCCAACAGCGAAUUCAACACCAAGAACUUGGUGCUGACCACGCUCAACUUGUUCUUCGCUGGCACGGAGACCGUCAGCUCCACCCUGAGAUACGGGUUCCUGCUCCUCAUGAAACACCCGGGCGUCCAAGAAAAGGUGCACCAGGAAAUUGACCACGUCAUCGGCCGGGACCGCGUUCCCGCCAGCGAGGACCGGAUGAAGAUGCCCUACACGGACGCGGUGAUCCACGAGAUCCAGAGGGUGACGGAUAUCGUGCCCAUGGGGGUGCCGCACACCGUGAUCCGGGACACCCAGUUCCGGGGGUACACCCUCCCCAAGGGCACUGACGUGUUCCCCUUACUGGGCUCUGUCCUACGGGACGCGAAAUACUUCAGCAACCCAGAAGAAUUCAACCCGGGGCAUUUCCUGGAUGAGAACGGCCGUUUUAAGAAGAACAAGGCUUUCGUGCCGUUCUCCUCAGGGAAGCGUGUGUGCCUGGGCGAGGCCAUGGCCCGCAUGGAGCUCUUCCUGUAUUUCACCACGAUCCUGCAGAGCUUCUCACUGAAACCCCUCCUGCCCCCGGAGGACAUCGACAUCAGCUGGAAAGUGAGUGGGUUCGGGAACGUGCCCCCCACGUACGAGAUGUGCCUGCUCCCUCGCUGAAGAACCUGAGCGACCAAGUGGGGAGGCCGCGGGGGAGGAUAGCAAGCAGUUGCCGAGCCUUGUAGGAACUAGAGGGAAGAUCGCCGCACCCUGCAUUACUUAAUCUUCAGUCCUGGGCAGAUCUGUCAGAAGCUCAGAGCAAUUCAGCUUAGCAGCCAUCUAGGGGUAGGGGGGCUUUGAAGGGCAUUUCUUCACAGCACGAAAACUGGGCUGGUCUUUAGAGGGUUCCACUGAGACUAGAUUCCUAGGUAGGAAAGCUAGAGAAUCUCCCCCCGUGGUUCCCGCACCCAGCCCAUAUCUUGUGGUUUAGCUAGAGGGCAGGAAGAGACACCCGAUUGCAAAGUAAAGUCUCCAAGCCGUGAAGAAUCGACCGUGUGGGGUAGGCUGAUGGGAAGCCGGGUUUGAUGAUACCCUGCUUGCCAUUUUUGUCCAGCUGGAGUCCCCAGCUACCACCCUGGGGGCUGAACUGACAUGACUGGAUGGCCCUGUGGGUGGAUUAUUCCAUGGGGUUUGAAGGCAGGGUCUGUGGGCGUAAAAGCAAGAGCCUCUAAGGUGUGAAUGCAGAAGGAGACUCAGAUCCACAGGAUAUUAACUUGAUUCAUAUUAGCCAUUCAGGGGUGCAAUUUCUCUAGUGUAGACUGGAGCCGGCCAAAGUACGGGGAAUUUCGCUGGAAAUUUUGGAGCCAUUUCAAUUUCUUGAGGUUGGAAACAGACCAUUGUUCUUCACCCCCCGCCCCAACCCUAAAAUUAUUAGAGACAUUUAAAUAUUUUUUGCCAACAUUUUUCACUUUCUUUUUUUUCAUUGGCUUCUCUGUCAGUCUUUGAUCUUUUCCCUCCUUUUCUUCACCUGAAAAAAAGUCAAACGACGGGAGGGAAGGGGCACGAAGACAGAAGGCAAAAAUGACAAAGGAUAUUUUAGGUAGAAGUUUACCAACAUAAUUCAAAAAGGGAUCAUUUUCAGUACAGCUUUGACCCGCCCUGGUGCAAAGGAGAGUCCAGUUUCUUCUUUCCAUCGCCUCUGACUGCCCGUGGCAGACUCCCAUCCCGGUCUGGUUAUUCUUUAUCUGGGACAUUUGGGGAGCUUAAUUUUGCAAUUAAUUUAAAUAAACGAGCCCCUGCGUGAUUAAA